UCAGCUGUCUGUCUGUCACUGCUUCUGCGGAGUUCAAACGGGAUCUCUUCAGGCUGUACUCUUCCUAUAAACUAUUUCAUCCUUUUCCCCAUGUAUUAUUAUCGUUAUUAUUAUUAGUGGUAAAGCAGUCAUGUCUCGGUUACUGUGUAUAUCACGGGGUCUCAUAGGCACACAAUGGAAAUUCAGUGUUCAGAAAUCCGAGCCCUUUGCGUCUUUGUUGAUAUCCAGAGUGAAGUUCAGAGAUCAGCUGAUGAAGAGACUAAUUUCAACAGGCAGGAGACCUGUCAUCACAUCCGACAACAACCGACACCCGGUUUUAUGGCUGUUCGGUAUCGGGACGGGUUUUGUUCUGGCUCUAGGGCUGAAGUAUCGUGAUUCUGCGUCUGAUGGCUGUUGUUUAUUAUCGCACCGAAGACACAGAGCCCAGACUGCCUCCAAAUACACAGCGGCUAUAGAAACCAGCAGAGACCUGCUGCAGCGGAUAAAGGUACAGGAUGAAGCUGGAGCUCCUGGGAUGGUUAUCGGAGUCUCAGUGGAUGGCAGUCAUGUUUGGUGUGAAGGGGUUGGCUAUUCAGAUCUGGAGAACAGAGUGCCUUGUGGUCCGGACACAGUGAUGAGAAUCGCCAGCAUCAGUAAACCUCUGACCGCAGCCGCCGUCGCCAGACUCUGGGAGGACGGCAAGAUAGAUCUAGAUGCUCCUGUCCAAAAAUACGUCCCAGAGUUCCCACAGAAACGAUAUGAAGGAGAGGAUGUAACAAUAACGCCCCGGAUGCUCCUGUCCCACUUGAGUGGCAUCCGUCACUAUGAGAAAGAUGGCAAGAAAGUGCGAGAGGACAGGGAGAAAGCCAAGCGCCUUCUGAAGCCCCCGGAGAAGAGCUCAGAUGAAAACAAAGAGAAGCCGAAAGCGGAGGACAGCAGCGCUAAAAGCAAAGAGGCCAAAGGAGGCCUGAGGAAAAAAGAGUUUGAGCAGGAGGAGUAUUACCUCAAAGACAACUUUGAGAAUGUCAUCCAGGCUCUGGACUUAUUCAAAGAUGAUCCGCUGAUUUUUAAACCCGGUUCUACGUUCCUGUAUUCGACGCAUGCAUACACCCUGCUGAGCGCCGUGGUGGAGAGAGCAGCAGGUCAGCGCUUCCUCGACCACAUGAUGAAGAUGUUUCAAGAGCUGGGCAUGCUGAACACCGUACCGGACGAAAACGACCCCAUCAUGUACAACCGCUCCAGGUUCUACCACUUCAAUAAAAAAGUUUGUGUUGUGAACUGCCCCUAUGUGGACAAUUCGUACAAAUGGGCUGGAGGUGGAUUUCUGUCCAGUGUGGGUGACCUUCUGGUGUUCGGUAACGCUCUGCUCUACAGCUAUCAGAUGGCCGGACUGAAGAACACAGAUGGGCUGCUUCCUGGCUUCCUCAAACCCCACACGGCCAAAGCCGUAUGGGCACCAGUGGACAAAACGGAGGCGUCAUGGGACAAAGACGGUCUGUACGCCCAGGGCUGGCUGGUGGUGGAGAAACGGCAGAAAUACGGUCAGUGCCGCAGCCGCAGACAUUACGUCUCACACACAGGGGGCGCUGUAGGGGCCAGUAGCGUCCUGCUGGUGUUACCCAGCGACACAGCGAAUCAGAUGCAGCUUCCUCCACAGGGGGUGGUGGUGACCAUCAUCACAAAUAUGCAGUCAGUGGGGCUCAAUACCACCGCGCUGAAGAUCGCGCAGGAAUUUGACAAGGCCAGGGAUGAAGAAACUGCAUCCACUUGAUUUAUAAACACUGCUGUGAUCCUUUUGUUGCCAUAUUAAGAGAUUUGUGGUAAACAUCAGGACGCUUCUUUGUUUACAGUGCUGAGGUGUGUUCAUGCCUCAGUUAUAAUUAAACAUUUGUGCCAAGUGCUCUUUUAGCUCUUUUAUACAUAUAGGAGCAGUCGAAUACGUUGAAGAAUUAAAAAUGUAUUAUGGAAACCUCUGUGACGGCCUCUUUAUCUGAUUUUUUCAUUUUCCUCCUA